AUGUAUUUACUACUGUACAGUAUAUUCCUGCCGUUGGCUUUCGCUGUUGAUAUGCCUCCGAUAUCGCGAGGUCUUGCUCCAGAAGACUCUGAUCUAUUGUCAGUCCCACGAACUGCUGGAGGAGGCUUGAAGCUUCGAGCCAAUGGCGUCCUCCAAAACGAGGUGACCACCAUUGGUAAGGAGAAAUCUGGCUGGUCAACGGANGUAAUUUACGCUGAGUAAACAUAUAAACAAAUUGGCGCUGACACUAACCGUGAGCUCAAACCGGUCACAUAUCGUCCGAUUCCGAAAAAGUACGAGAUACCAUCGCCUGAGCCCGAAACGGAAAUCACAGGAUGCGGAGGCGGCUGCUCUGGUGGGUGCAAUGGUGGUUGUGGAGGCGGUUGCGGAGGUGGCAGAAACGGGUGCGGCGACUACGAUGAUGAGUCCGAGUCGUAUGAAGAGGACGACGAAGAGAAUGGCCAUCGGCGAUCAGGAGAGAGCCGGAUAAACAAGCAGGAUCCACUGGAAGAUAUUGACUUGGAGACCUUGGAAAAACUCGGAAAACUGAGAGUUCCAAGGAAUCGAGGGAGCUAG